CACCAUGGCCUCCUCCACCACCACCACCUCUGCAACGCUCACGAGCCCCUGGCGCUACCUACUCCUCCGCACGACCCCACCCAUCGACCCCCUCGCCCUCCGUCUCACGCUUCAAACCUCCCUCUCAGAGACGUUCGGGCUGACCGCCGCGGGCACCCAGAUCGACGUGCUCUGGAUUGCACCAGGGGAGGAGAACGAAGAGGGGAACAGCGGAACUUCAGGAAGGGCGAUUGUGCGUGUGUCGAACUCCGGCGCCGAUACGACGAGGGUGCUCGCGUCAAUCGCAGCGUCGUCAUCUGCGCCGCGUGUCGAGCUCUUAAAGUCGACGGCAUUUCUCCCCUCGCUGCUCGUUUGCUGAAAGGAUGUGCCGGGGCUUCCAAUUUGGAUUAGUGUGUCUCACGAAGGUAUAGCCUUGCGCUGCAAAUCAAAUCAAGGCCUUUUGAAGUACGCAACCGCUACUCAAAACAGCCAUUUCAACACCAGUCGCAUGUUUCGUCCCAAAUGACAGAGGCAGACCUCCCAGCGCGAUUCGUGGCGGGAAUAGCCCUGGUAUCGUGAAGGAGUCUGAGCACGGGAGGUUAACCGGGAUUCAUUCCCUCAAGUGCUCCCUAUGACGCCGCCGUUCAUGCAUGAGCUGGAGGAACAUUUCUAUAAACUAGUAGAUUCCAAUCGUGCGAGAUGGAUAACAUGAACUGUGCUGCGCACAGCUGUAUUUGGGCAGUAUUCUGCUCUCUCGUGAUUCCAGAUUCGUUCAAAUGGAUGAGUCUGUAGCGAUUCCCAGUCCCUGGAUGCAUCAAUGCAAUAUGUGCAAUGCUCAAGACGUUGUAUCAGUAUAAGCGAGGACCGCAUCGGACCGGGGAUCGAGUUCAAUCGCCGUGACACAUGCCACUCAGCUUUUGUCAACUCCGUUGGUUGUCGUCCAGUCCACCCCAGAUCCAUCCACUCUGUACACUGCAGACCGAUGUUCUUCCCUCGAGAACUCGAGUUCCAGAUCUUCGAGAAGGCCGCGCUCAGUAGUCCAAAGGAUAUCCCGCGCUUCGUCCUCGUCGCUCGCCGUCUGCCCCGAAGGCUCCAAGCGCUUCUGUACCACGCUCUCACAGAUGCGGUGGACUUGGGCCGGAUUCCCUUCAUGAACGCACAGAAGAUCAGCGACAUUCUCGACGAUCCGAGCUCGAACGCGUUCGCGCAUAUCCAGAAUGUGAUGCUUUCCGACCUACACGGGGACGCACUCGACCGGCUCCUCCUCGCCAGCCCCGCUCUCCGCAACAUCUUCCUCUGCACGAUGGUCUCGGAGCCCCCGACCCUCGCGCGCCUCAUGCACCUCCGCCAGCUGCACUGCCGAUGGCUCGACCUCCCGUACGUACGGCGAAUGCUCCCCGACGCGCUCUCCCAGACCUGUCCCGCGCUGACGCAUCUCGCCAUGAACGACGAUCUCCCGAUCACCCAGCACCUCGCAGACGAGCACGUCUGGAACGCCGCGCCCACGCUCCAGGCGAUCGUCCUGCUCUGGGCGCGGCAGGCGGUGUUCGACGCACUUCUGGGCGAGGACAUCGCCAUCCUGGAGUCGGAUGUGCGCGUCGUGGGCAUCUUCGUGCCGAAUUUCGGGAUGGACUGGCAGCGCGGGUGUCCCACGGAACAGAGUUUCUGGACGGCAGCGGAUAGUUGGAUCGCUCGCCGGCGCUCGGGUGAUCUGCAUGAAAAAGCUUGGGUCGUUGACUACGCGACCGAGGAUUAGUGGCAUGCGUUACCGUCGGUGCUCAUUCGAAAUGAAUCUGGUAACCCGCUCUCAACCGCGGCUCCGAAUGCAUCCCGUAGAGAAGAUACAUAAGUGGGGACCAGGGGUGAAAGAGGCUCGAGACUGGAAGGACACAUGUUCUCACAAGGGAGAGCUUCUAGGACGUCGGAUUUCCCGCCUUCAGACAAACUACCUCCACGGGUCUCUCGUACCCGCAGAAAUCUGUCUAGUGGCAACACAGGGAAAGGGAUCCAUGCCCUAGGAAAUUACAAUACAAUCAUUACACAGACAGCAUCCAUCCUACGCUUCCAAUACACGAUAAAACUUCACGAUUCCGCUCUUUAAGUCCUCUAGCCUGAAGCUCCCCACCUCAAUCUUCCCCGGUUGAUGGAAAACGCGCACCUUGCGCUUCUUCCCACUCGCACUGUACUCAGACACGAUCCCAACCGCCGGUUCACCAGCCCCAAUCGACACGGAAUACCCGACGAGGCCCUUGUGUCCUUUGAACCGGCAGUCGAAGAACACGGCAAUGUCACCUGGCAGGACAUCUGUGGUUUGCUGCACCGAGUGCGCCGCCGACUGCGUGUAGACGACAUACCCCCACCCCUUUUCCGUAUUUCCAAUCCGCGCAUUCGGGACCAUGCCCAGCGCGGAGGACACAAAGUUCCCGUCGCCAGCCGUCUGGCGCUCAAACAGCUGCGUUGCCGCUUCGCACAGAUGGACGCCCACACGACCCCACACACCGAUUAGCUCGUCCGCAGUCAUCGACACAGGCGGCGAUGCAGGCGUGGGAUGUUGCUGGCUGGACUGUGGGCGCGGUAAUGGGGUUGACGCUGUCGCCGCCGAUCCAGCCGUAAAGGCGGGGAACGUCGUGUCGAUCCCACCGCCAAACGAAGGAAGCUCCCAAGAUGGACUGGUCGGUUUCUCGCCACUUGGGCUCGCGUGCUCGAUAGUAGGAUCUGUC